CCUCCGCUCCUGACCUAGGCGGAAGGUUGAUUUUAGGGGCCUAAAGAGUGGUCGAAUGGGGACUUGAAGAUGCCGCCAUUUCUGAGCGGGCGUUUCUGGCGCGCGGUGUUCACGCGGACCCGCGGCGAAAGGCUCUGGGCAGGGCACCGCCGGGCCUCGGGUAGUCCGGGUUGCAGGUGGGACGCUCUCGCCGGAGCGGACGUGCUGCGAGCCGAGCCGGACAGAUUCGGGGGCAUCUCGGUGCCUCUGGAGCGGUUUCGCGCACUGGACCGCCUGGACGCCGCCUCUUUCCAGAAGGUCUUGCAGGCUGCAAUACAGCAAUGGAGGUCAGAAGGUAGGAUAGCGGUAUGGCUGCACAUUCCCAUCCUCCAAAGCCAAUUUAUUGCCCCUGCUGCUUCCCUGGGUUUCUGCUUUCACCAUGCAGAGUCGGAUUCAUCCACACUGACACUGUGGCUGGGAGAAGGACCCAGCAGAUUACCAGGAUAUGCGACACAUCAAGUAGGAGUUGCAGGAGCUGUAUUUGAUGAAAAUACUAGAAAAAUAUUAGUUGUACAAGAUCGAAAUAAAUUGAAAAAUAUGUGGAAGCUCCCAGGAGGCCUGUCAGAGCCUGGAGAAGAUAUCGGAGACACAGCAGUUCGAGAAGUUUUUGAAGAGACUGGUAUAAAAUCAGAAUUCAGGUCCCUUCUGAGCAUUCGGCAACAGCACACCAAUCCCGGAGCUUUUGGGAAGUCAGAUAUGUAUAUCAUCUGUCGCUUAAAGCCAUAUUCAUUCACCAUAAAUUUUUGCCAGCGUGAAUGCUUAAGGUGUGAGUGGAUGGAUCUCCAUGACCUGGUCAAGACUGAAAACACAACUCCCAUCACCAGCAGAGUUGCUAGGCUGCUUCUCUACGGGUACAGAGAAGGGUUUGACAAGAUUGAUUUCACCGUGGAAGAACUUCCAGCAGUUUACACAGGCUUGUUCUAUAAACUGUAUCAUAAGGAACUGCCAGAGAAUUAUAGAACUAUGAUAGGAAUGGAUUAAAUCCAUAUUUGUGUUUUUAAAAAUGUUAAGUAAAUUGUACGUGUAGGAUAAUGUGUACCAUAUUAUAUGAAGUGGUGGACAUUUGGGGUUAACUAAUACCUGACUUUAAUUUCCCAAUUUUGUAUAAUUUCCAUGAAGAAAAUUUGUUUUUAAAAGCCUCUUUCCAAAUGAAGCAAAUGUAUGACAAAGAGUGUAGCUCUAAAUAAGCUUCACUGGAUAAAGGGAAAUGCUAUAUAAAAGGUGGAAGUCUA